AUGCUGGACACAAUUGAGCCCAAGGCUGGUUUCCUACGUAACUUGAUCUUUCCUGUGCUGAUGUACUUCGGUCGGAAGAUCAUGUACGACAGUAACAGAAAGAUCGUACAAAUAUCGACCACUCUCCUCAUCAAAGGACCGUGCACGGAGCAAGAACUGGAAGCAUUGCUGUUCAUUAUGGAUCGACCGUCGAUCCAGGCCCCUAAGGUCCACCGCACUUAUAGACGACAUGAUGGACUUUUCAUCGAGAUAGAUUUCAUACAUGGCCAAAGACUGGAUCAAGCGUGGCCCAAGCUCGGGGUCAACGAGAGAAAAGCCGUCAUGCAGGAGCUUGGCGAGAUGAUCAGCGCCAUCAGAAACGUUCGGAACCAUACUGCCGUAUGUGUGGGCUCUGUCAGGGGAGGCUCUUUCAAGGACGGCCGCAUCGCUUCGCGAACUAAUGCACCAUGUCCAACUGUGGAACAGUUCCACCUCCAGCUACGUGGAGGCGUGCCCCUUGAACAAUGCCAAGAGACUUUCGGUGACGACGUCUACGAAAGCCACCGGAGAGACUACAGAUCGGUCUUCUCCCAUGCUGAUCUCUGUCCACGGAAUAUCAUCAUCGUGAUGGACUCCCUGCAGCCGGUCUUGAUUGACUGGGAGUUCUCCGGCUGGUGGCCAGAGUAUUGGGAACAUACCAAAAGCGUCUUCUCCAUGUGGGAGGAGGUGCCUGGGUGGGAAGACGAACUGGCAAAGGUGCUACCACAAUAUCCACUGGCGCUAUCAGCAGAGAAAGUCUUGUGGAUGUCACCGACGAGCUGA